AUGUUUAAAAAUCGCUCUAUUGUCCAGAUCACGCUCUGGCUCGGCUUUUUGAGCCUCGGGUGGGCUCAAGAGUAUCAGCAGACCAUCUGGGGGAUUUUCGCAUUCACAACGUAUGGAGACAAAACUCCAAGUCUUCUCGCCGACGCUCGCCCAAGAGUGCUAUCGGACUAUGGUGCCAAUCAGCUUGCAGAUGCAGGUACAGCGUUCCGAGAUCGCUAUCUCUCUUCUGGAAAAGACGUCAACAAUUCUCCAUCGACCAUUCAAUAUCUGUCUGCUACGGUCCUGGACCCUCAAGAUGUCGAAAUCUUUGCCUCGACGGAUCAAUUCGCCAUUGCCUCGGCGCAAGCGUUCAUGCAAGGCCUUUACCCACCGGUGGGUCAGGCCGGUCUGGAGACAUCAGAUGUCACAGCCAAUGGCUCCCUGAGAAUCUCGCCGCUGAAUGGGUAUCAGUAUCCUCAAAUCCUCACUCUCGGACAAACAGAUCCGCAGUCCACGAUCCUGACUGGGAAUGAAAACUGUCCGAUUUACCAAGCGGCCGAGUCGGAGUAUCAGAAUGGAGACUACGCACAUGGAAUCUCCCAAAUCACCAACGCGUUUUACGUGAGGCUGUGGAACGAGGUGCUGUCCGGGGUGAUGGAUGAAACAUCAGCCAACUAUCUCAACGCCGUUGAGAUAUUCGAAUACAUUGAAUAUGAAAUGAUACACAACAGCACCGUCCAAACUCAGCUGACCGAAGCUGAGAUCCGACAAGCACGAUGGUGGGCUGACCACUACACGUACGCCACAAACCAUCAAUCUGAUUUCAACAAAUCGACAGCUGAGUCUAUCAUGUCAAUAGCAGGUCAAACUCUGGCAGCCAGUAUCAUGAAUGCUUUUCGCCUCAACAUUGAGGAGUCAGGUACAAGCCAGAAAUUGAGUCUCUUGUUCGGUGGAAGCGAUACGGCGGUGGCUCUGGCAUCACUGCUGAGAUUGCCAUCAGACCAACAGCCAAACUUGUAUUGCCGUCCAAAUCAAGGAGCAUCCCUUGUCUUUGAACUGUUCAGCUUCCAGGCAGGAGAGUCAUACCCAGCGUAUCCCGCUGUGGACGAUUUGUACGUGCGAUUUUUGAUCCACAACGGUACAAGCAACACGACAUUCUCCCCAUACCCAAUGUUUGGACACGGCCCGAGUCAUGAGUACAUUCCCUACACUGAGUUUCAAUCCGAGCUGGAGAGUUUCACUACGCAGAGCACCCAGAAUUGGUGUAGGCAGUGUAACUCAGAGGCCAUCUUCUGCAGAGUACUCGACGAUGAGCGGGCCUAUGCCUCUAUGGGUGACCGAAAGCAAAUGGCUCCUGCAGUUGCUGGUAUCAUAGGGGCGGUGAUCAUGCUAGCGAUUAUUGGUGUUCUUGGAGCCGUGGGACUGUGUAUCUGGGCUAUGCGCAAACGCGAAACUAGUCGCACGCCCAGCCUUGGUGGAUUCAAAGGGACCUCAAAGUUGGCAAGCGAUCUUGAUGUCACGUUCCAGGGUCCACAUUGGACUACUUCAAAAAACGCAAAUGAUCGAUCAAAGAUCAACAUGGCUGAUGGUAUUGUCAUCCGCGGGCACGAAAGAACAGGAAGUUGGGAGAUGGGACAACCGAAAGACACCCAUGAAGAUCUCGAAAUUGCCAGACAUUCUAGCUUGUCCGCACCGGACGAUGAAAACGAGGAGGAAUGGCGCAUUGUUCGAGGUCUGCGUGCUGUGGAAGCUCGAGAAAGUGUCUGA